CCCGCGGGCAUGGCAGCGGGGGCGGCCGACGCGGGGCCGGGGGUCGCCAUCCCAGUGGAACUGCGGCGCGAGCGGCGUCUGGUGUGCGUGGAGUACCCGGGCAUGGUGCGCGACGUGUCCAAGAUGCUGUCGACCCUGGGCGGCGAGGAAGGCGUUUCUCGGAUCUAUGCAGACCCCACCAAGAGGCUGGAGCUGUACUUCCGGCCCAAGGACCCUUACUGCCACCCCGUAUGCGCCAACCGCUUUAGUACCAGCAGCCUGCUGCUCCGGGUCAGGAGGAAGACGAAGCGGCAGGAGGGGGUGCCGGGGCCCGAGCCCCACCCCCAGGUCACCUUCGACGUGGAGAUCCUUGGCAUCGUCCCCACCAUUUACAAAUUUCAAGGAAUGUCCGACUUCCAGUACUUGGCUGUGCACACAGAAGCGGGUGGCCACCACAGGUCGAUGUAUGACAAAGUGCUCAUGCUCAGGCCCGAGAAGGAGGGCUUCUUCCACCAGGAGCUGCCGCUCUACAUCCCCCCGCCCAUCUUCUCCCGGCUGGACACGCCCGCGGACUACUUCUAUCGGCCGGAGACACAGCACCGGGAAGGCUACAACAACCCCCCCGCCCCAGGUGAGAACCUCAUCGGCCUGAGCAGGGCCCGGCGCCUUCACAACGCCAUCUUCGUGAACUUCGAGGGGGACGAGGUGCCUGAGCAGCCGAUGGAGGCUGCGGUCCAGACCUGGAGGAGGAUCUGCACCAACCCCAUUGACCGGAAGGUGGAGGAGGAGCUCCGGAAGCUGUUUGACAUCCGUCCCAUCUGGUCACGCAACGCCGUUAGAACCAACAUCAGCGUCCACCCUGACAAGCUUAAGGUCUUGCUUCCCUUCAUGGCCUAUUACAUGAUAACAGGCCCCUGGAGAAGCCUGUGGAUUCGAUUCGGGUAUGACCCCCGAAAACACCCAGAAGCCAAGAUUUAUCAAGUCCUCGAUUUCCGAAUCCGCUGUGGAAUGAAAUACGGUUACGCCUCCAACGAAAUGCCCGUGAAGGCCAAGCGCAGCACCUACAACUACAGCCUCCCCAUCACUGUCAAAAAGACAUCCAGCCAGCUUGUCACCAUGCAUGACCUGAAGCAGGGCCUGGGCCCGGCGGGGACAGCCGGCGGGCGGAAAUCAGCCUCCAACAAGUACAAGCUCAAGGACUCAGUUUACAUCUUCCGGGAGGGCGCCUUGCCACCGUACCGACAGAUGUUCUACCAGCUGUGCGACCUGAACGUGCAAGAGUUGCAGAGGAUCAUUCACCGCAAUGACGGGGCCGAGGAGACCUGCACGGAGCGCGACGGGUGGUGCCUGCCCAAGACCAGCGACGACCUGAGGAACGCCAUGUCCCUCAUGAUCCGGCAGACCAUCCGCUCCAAGAGGCCCGCCCUCUUCUCCAGCCCGGCCAAGGCGGACGCUGAUGGCGACGGAGGGAAACCGCCGCUGACCUACGAAUCCGGGGAGGAGGAGGAGGAGGAGGAGGAGGAGGAGGACUUCAAGCCCUCCGAUGGGAGUGAGAACGAGAUGGAGACGGAGAUUCUGGACUACGUGUGACGAGCCCUGACCAGGCAGGACCAGCCUGGGCUCCCAGCCCUGCGCCCCCGACUGGCCCGCAGCAGGAGCUGGGGGUGGGGCAGGCUGGGCUUGGGUCUCAUGGCCAAGGGCAGGUGGCGCUGGAGCCUGGUGCAUGGUCACAGCUGGCAGGGGAUUUGGGUUUGGACCCUGAGCUCUCAGGUAGCCUGGCAGAGGCAGGAUCGGCUGG